GCGGCAGGGGAGGAAGCGGAGGAGGAUCCCGUGCGCCUUCGAGACGCCCGAACGGUGGCGCGAUCGUGUUCCCGACCGAGCCGGCGACGGGCACGGAGAAGCUCGGGCCGGUCAGGUGCUUGUGCAAGCCGGCCGCCCAAUGCCCACAGCUCAGCUCACCUCUCACCCCGCGCAGCGAGUUCGGCAACUCGCGCGCGCAGGCGGACAAUCCGUUUGGCAGCUGUGGCGCCGGCCAAGUCUGCUGUCCCCUGCAGCAGCCGUAUGGGUCCAAGUGCGGUCGAAUCGUCCCAAGAGCUCGCUCGCAACAGGGCGUGCGGGACUCGCAGGCGCCGUGGGCGGUGGCGCUGCUGGAGAAGGUGCCCAACGGCUUCAUCUUUGCCUGCGGCGGCGCCCUAAUCCACCCGCAGGUGGUGCUCACCGCCGCCCGCUGUGUGGACAGGCUCGGCGAGAGGAAGAAGUCCCUGGUGGUGAGACUCGGUAUCAAGGACCUGCUCUCUACCGACGAGUCGAUGCCCAACGUGGAGAUGGAGGUGGAAGAGUUUCUGCUGCACCAGAACUACAGUCGUGAGGAGAAGUACAACGACGUGGCGCUCCUGUUUCUGCGCGCGCCGGUCGAGCUGGGGCCCAACCUGGGCACGAUCUGCGUCCGGCCGAAGGUCGAUGGAAACAGUGGCUGCACCGUCCACUCAUUCGGCCUCCAGCCAGCGGGCUCCUCGUCGUUCGACCUGCGGCUGCGGGAGGCCGACCAGACCCUGACGCCAUUCGUCGACUGCCAGCGACUGCUACGCAGCUCGCCGAAGGGGCCCUUCUUCCAACUGCACCCGAGCUUCGUGUGCACGCGCUCCGAGGCCACCUGCGACCUGGGCGAGGACCGAGCCGGGUCCCCGCUUACCUGUCCGGACGCCGCCGCGCGCGAGCAUCAGCUGCGGGGCCUCGUCGCCUGGGGCGUCGGCUGCCAGAGCCAGCAGAAGCCGGGCGUCUACACCAGCGUUAGCGACUUCUAUCGCUGGAUCGACUACCACGUGACGGACCACUUCCGCUACAUCGAGUCGUAUUUCGGGUUUAAUCAAGUGUGAUGACAUGAUGGCUCGAGCCGGACUCCGUCUGGUGCGGGAGUGGCACAGGUCAGCGGCGCACGAUUGAGCCGUUCUCUUUGCUGAGCAGCGUGUGAAUGGAUGAAGAUUGUGAAAUGGUGAAGGACGUAUGGUGAAGAAAGAUGUUGUACGCAGUGGUGAAGGUCGCGGAGCUGCAGGUGCUUGCGAAAUUGCCGGAUGCUGCAGUGCUGUUCCAUGUGUUAUCUGGUGACGGCUAGUGUUAUGAUGCUCUCGUGGCAAAUUGUUCAAGCUGGCUUUCUCCCCCUGGUCAAUAAUUGUGUGAAUCAUUUUGAACGAAGCGCACAAGCGCUUCCCAGGUUUAUCUGAAUUACCUGUUGUGGCAUUAGCGAAUGCUGCGACUAAUGUUUGAAUGCAGGUCACAUAAACUGUGUCGGCUGCCUGCAGCUUAGGACUAUUUCCUGUGUCGGGUUCAUGUUGAACGAGUGGAUCACGUAACACUUUAUGAUGCAGGGUGUCAUUUGUGUCAUUCAUUCGUGUGAUGUCAUGGUCCGUGGUCAAUGAUUGCUAAUCAUUGCCAUGAAAGAACAAAAUGACGGGUGCAUGACUGGUGAUAUAAAAUACGCUAUGAGGUGCAGCGAAUCGAGUUUCAUCAAGGUUGUCCGCACUUUAGCCUAAAGAACGGACGAGCUGUUCACAUCGGUGAAGAAUUUUCUUUGUAAAAUUCUUAAGUCCUAGGUUGGCGUUUGUAAAGAUGCCUUAGAUGGUUACAUGUUUCGCAAAUAAUCCAGAGCUGACAUUGGACGCUGUGGUCGCUAAAUUAUUGACUUCAAUAUACGUAUGCGUCGGCGUAAGAAAAAAGCUGUCGAUUCCUGUGUCAGAAUGGAUGUCAUUUAUGGCACUGGAUAAGAAGCAAUCUGCCGCGGCACAGUAGCCCCAAGAGGUCGUAGUUUUACUUAUGCUUUGCACAUUGAGCCUUUUACAAUAGGAGGCCCAAUGAAUGCUCCGGCCGAC